CGACCGGAUCCCACCUACCUAAUACCUACAAGCACCAGUGACUCAUCCGUCAGGCCGGCCUCCAAGAUGUCGCGUCAUUGCUGACUGCCACCCACUGCCCGUUGUUUAUUAAACUGCACGAGUCCCUUCCUGGCCCCUCUGUCGAACCAUCUCUGACGGUCAAUUCGCGCCCACCGCCGUUUUAUCCACCCAGUACACUCCAGCCUCAAGAUGACUCGCACGGCACCAAUCAACUACACCCGCGAGAAAUUACAUACUACUCUGAGUGCGAGACAUAUACGAGCCCGUCGAAUACGUCGAACUGGCUUAACGAUAGCCCAUUAUUAGUUACUAGUUGUUUUAUUUUCUCCAUAUCUGCACCUCUGUGGUGCCAAUUGCCACUGCACACUUGUAUCAACCAGCAUGGCCUCGGUGUUUACUUAUGAUCCUGACCCUCCGCGGGUCUCUUCUCCAUGGUCCACUUCAGGGUCCUCAACUCCUCAACUGGCAGCGACUAGUAAUCGGACGGUGCCUCGUGCACGCUCGAGCACGAACUUGGACCGCGCGGAUCCGGACUUGCUGUCCGAUUAUGGAAUCACCAAACUGGAGCCUGAACCACAAGAGGGACCCACCGAGUACAAGCUCCAUCUGCUCUUGCGCCCUCGCCGCCCCUAUGUUUCCAUGUCCACUAGUCACCUCGUAGGAGGAUCGUAUCAUUUCCGGGCGAGCUUGUCCGCGGAUAGUCCCACGCCAUCGAGUUACGACUCGACCGUGAGGCCGCAACAGACCCGUUCAACUGAAAGUCGACAGCAGAGAUUGCAGCAUCUCACAACGCAGUUGCUAUGGCGCUUGCAGCAGUCCUCGCCCUUUCACUCAUCCACAACUGCCAAUCUCGUGCUACCCGUUCUUCCGGAGGCGACUCCCCAGUUGGGGGCCACACAAAAGCCGGCUCGCUUACUUCCGGGGCUUGAAGAAAGUCAGGGCGCAUUGUAUGAAGUUGGUGUUGCGGAUGAUGGAACGUUUGUUGGACUCUCUCAAGAUGAGCUCGAGGAAAGUCUAUCCACUCUGCAGGUUAUGGCCGCGAGCUUGGGCUGCAAGGUCGAUGUGCUUCGCCGAGUAAUUGUUGGCAAUUGCGAAUGGGCCGAAGAUCCAUUUUCUGAAACUGUGGAUGCUGGAAAGGUUCACAUGGAAAGUCUCUGGGUCGCCGAGGCGUUGGUGAGUCCUGACUGGGACUUCUACCGCGUUGAGACUCCCCAAAAGGCUCGACUGAAGGGGGAAUCGUCUUCGGAUCGUGCGAAAGCGGAUGACCCGUUGAGUGGUUCUUCCGAUACUGAGCAGAUCCGUAUCUCCAUUGCUGGUCCGAGUGCGGUCGGAAAGUCGUCUCUUCUAGGGACUUUAACCUCGUCCGUACUUGACAAUGGAAGAGGAACGAGUAGACUACAUCUGCUCAAGCAUCGACAUGAAAUCUCGUCCGGAAUCACUAGCUCCGUUGCCCAUGAGUUAAUCGGCUACGCUGCCGAUGGAACUAGGGCACACAACGUCGAUGUGAUCAAUUAUGCCUCUGGCAAUGUUGCCGCAUGGGAUGAUAUCCAUGCCUCCUCUGAGGGAGGUCGCUUAGCCUUUGUCUCCGAUCUCCCUGGUUCAGUGCGCUACUCAAAGUCUACACUGAGAGGCAUGAUUGGCUGGGCUCCUCACUACGUUUUCUUGUGCAUACCGGCAACGUGCGAUGACGAGAACUCGCAGGAGCCCGGCCAAUCUGCUCUUGAGCAGCCUGCAGACAUGGCACUAGCGUUGUCACAUCUGCAACUCUGUGCAAAGAUGGGUCUGCCUAUCAUCGUCGUAGUUACUAAGAUGGACAUUGCAUCGCGCUCGGGCCUGCGGAAUACCCUUGCCAAAGUACUCUCAGCUCUCAAGUCGUCUGGUAAGAAGCCAGCCAUGAUGUCUGUUCAAACUGCCCAGACAGUCAAUCUACAACACAGUGGGUCGAGAGAUACGGACGAGGUAAGGAAACUGAUCUCUACGACAGAGAGCUGGACUUCGGCCGUCCCUAUCGUACUUACCAGUGCGGUCGACGGCUCAGGCAUAGGAAAGCUGCAUGCUCUCCUCCGAUACCUCCCCAUCCCUGCGGGGCCACCCUCAAGAGACGUCUCAUUACCAAAGACAUUGACGCCUCCAAGUGUACCCGAAAAUGUCUUUGAUGUCGACGAGGUAUUUGCUAUCCCACCAUCGAAGGUCUACUCAAUGGCCGCAGAGCAGCAACGGAAAGAAACCCACGGUGUCGUCCUCUGUGGUCUGGUCCGCUACGGAGCCAUCUCAGCCGGAGACGAACUGCUCAUCGGACCACUGUCCGACCAUGGAAGUUGCCUACAGCGUCGAAGAAGUCGAUCGGAAAAACGGAUGGAUGGCACGCAGCAGCCUAGCUCUUAUCGGAGCAGGCCUGUCUCCGGAGACUUCUCGACAUCGUUCCUGCAAGGCUCUCUCCCUGGGAAGACGGCUCUUCCCAUCCAAGCGCUCUGGCAACGUGUUCGCGCAGUCAGUGUACGGAAUCUGCGACUUCCGGUUCAGAAAUUAACCCAAGACCAAGUUGGUACGAUUGGGAUCGAGCCUCUGCCCCCGACAGCAGACGGAGAGCCGCCACGACUUGGGAAGAUACGGAAAGGCACCAUCUUGGUCAAGCUGUCGACCCCGUCUGUUUCUAUACCCCGACACCUUUGGUUUCACACCGGAUUCGUGGCCAGCUUUCCGUCUAGUGAAUUUGCUUCUUCCCUCUCUCCACCCGUGCUGCUGGGGGGGAAUGCCAUUGUAUACGUAGCGAAUGUCCGCACGACGGUGAAGUUGGCCUGCAUGGCGCUUGCAGAGGAUGAGGUCAUCUCGAGGCCACCGUCACCAACGGAGCCGGAGUUUUUCAGUUUCGAUGGUGAUAUUCCCGCCCGUGAACGGGAUUCCCAGGCAGGCGUCCAAGAGAUGGUCAGGUCGUCUGGCAGUCCAGGACAGGGUGACAUUAAAAUCACGUUUGCGUUUGUGACGUCGGUCGAAUGGAUUGAAAUUGGGUCGCGGGUGCUUCUGAUGCCUGGAGCAUCCACGGCGUUGGCGUCUGCACAGGGGACCAGUGUGCCAUCAGGGCUUGAUGGCUUUGUUGGUCGGGUCUGCGAUGUGCUCUGUCUUGAGGAUACAGGCAGUGUAUGUGUCUCUGCUUUCUUGUAGUGUGAUGGUGUACUGGUGUACUGUGUAUUGUCAGAUAGAAAUGUUGGUAAUUGGUAUAUUUCACAACUCGUGAUAGUCACGGGUCUGGCCGCUGUCACAUCAUCACGGCACUAAACCCGAACGGGCGGCCCCAACCACCCUCGGGGCCGGCAAGUGGACGGCGU